CGGAGUCGGAGAUUCGCCGGAGCACCAUGAUGUCCACCAAUCACAUCGCGCGGCGACUCCAGUGGCUGCUGGAAUACAAUGAUUGGACGCCACCAGGGACGGUCCAAGGGUUCCGCGUUUACUUGCAAUAUUACGUGCGGUGGGCACAACGGCGCCUAGAACAAGAACAAGGGAUAGACCCGAAAGAUUGGGACUCGGAAGGAAGGCUCGAAUGCGCUCCAGAUGAGCCCCAGAGCGAAGGCGAUCAACGCGUCGACUCCCCGCAGGCGGCUGGCCCAGAGCCUACAUCGGAAGCUGUGGACGAGCAGGAGCCGCCGGAGUCGCGCAUGGACAGUAUCAAGCGAUCUAUAACGCAGUUUAUUCCCACGAGAUUCAUAGGGACUGCAGCGCAGGAACCGGACGCUGAGAAGGGGGCCGCUGGGGCUGAUACGAACGCAACACAAGAUGCACCCGGUGCUACGGACGCCGCACCGCCAGCCGUCAGCGGGGCCCCGCCGGUGACCGCGACGACGGCCGACGAACCGCCGCAAGGGCAGGACGCGGCCCAGGCUGGGUCAGUGCAGUCUCUAGACUACGAAGACCCGCACGCAGACGACUCGGGUGCCGCACGCGGAGUAGCUGAGGACGGCGCGGACGCCGACGAAGGUCGUCAGGGCGGACUCGUAGGCGCGUCCGAGCACGCAGAUGAAAGUCAAGGCGGCGACGCGCGUCCGAGUCAGGAGGGACUAGCUUCACCGGGCGACACACCUACGCAACUGUCCGCGUCGCACUGCGAGCCAUGCAGCCAGAGUCCGAACGACGGCUGAUUCGGAGGACGGAGGGUGGUGGCAUUGACGUCACGGUGCGGACAGCAUGCGCCGACUUUUGACGAACCGUGACGGUGAUGGAUGAACCUCUCGGUGCACGAACGAUUUCUGAGGCUGCGAUGGGCUGAUCUCUCGUGUAUGUACUCUGGUUCUCGGUAUAGUGUGUGUACGAUACACUUGUGUUCACCGACCGGAACGCCUGGAGCUUCCGCGAACGGGGUGUUGCUGUCCAGCGUCUGUAUCAUGUCGUGUACUAUUUGUUCGGUACAACUCGCCUCCUGUACGUC